AUGCUGCCCAAGCUGCGGGCCCAGUCACCAGACUACCGCGAGGCGGCCAGCCACUACAGCGCACACGACGCGUCGUCCGCGGCGAUCUCCAUUGACCGCGAGAAGUGCAUCAAGUGCGGCCGCUGCGUGGAGGUCUGCCAGGACGUGCAGAAGAUGAACGUGCUGGGGUGGUUCUCGCGCGGCCGCGAGCGCCACGUCGGAGUGUUUUGCGACAGCGAUGUUUCGGCGAGCGCCUGCAUCAGCUGCGGCCAGUGCGCCAGCGUCUGCCCUGUCGGGGCCAUCUCUGAGCGGCCGCAGUGGCGCCAAGUUCUGGAGCUGCUCGAAUCAAAACGCAAGCGUACCUUUCUCCCCGAGUCUCGUCGGCGCGCCCCUCUCGUCUCGCCGGUCGCGCGCCUGUGGUGGCGGCGGCAGCUGCUUUGGGCCGAGCCGCGGGUGAUGGUCGUCCAGACGGCGCCCGCGACCCGCGUGGCAAUUGGGGAAGAGCUGGGGCUCGCCCCCGGCGCCGUUGCCACCGGCCAGAUGGUGGCCGGGCUGCGAGCCCUCGGGUUUGACUACGUUUUUGACACCAAUUUUUCGGCAGACCUGACAAUCAUGGAGGAGGGAACAGAGCUGCUGGCUCGCCUCCGGGCGAACGCCGCCGGUCGCAGCCCUCCCGAUGCUGCAGCCACAGCGGCGGCGGCGGGGCCGGCGGGCGGGGCGGGGCCGGCCGCGCCCGCUGCAGCGGCGGCGCCGCCGCCGCCUCUGCCCAUGUUUACCUCCUGCUGCCCUGGCUGGGUCAACCUGGUGGAGCAGGAGUAUUCCGACUUCAUCCCCCACCUCAGCUCCUGCAAGAGCCCCCAGCAGAUGAUGGGCACGGUCAUCAAAAUCAUCUGGGCCCCCAAGGCCGGCCUCAAGCCGGAAGAUGUGGUCGUGGUAUCCCUGAUGCCCUGCACCGCGAAGAAGUUUGAGGCCGCGCGCCCCGAGAUGACGUCACCGGGGGGCGGCCGCCACGUGGACUUUGUGCUGACGACGCGCGAGCUGGGCCGCAUGCUCAGGUUGAACCGCGUGCCGGCGCUGUCGCUGCCGCCCUCCGGCUAUGACUCGCCAAUGGCGACAACCACAGGGGCCGCCGUGAUAUUUGGCAACAGCGGGGGCGUCGCCGAGGCGGCGGUGCGCACUCUGUACGAGCUGGUGACAGGCCAGGAACUGCCACGGCUGGAAUUUCAAGAGCUGCGCGGCCUGCAGGGCAUCAAGCACGCCACCAUCCAGCUGCCCGCGCCCGCGCCCGCGCCCGAGCCCGGCGCCGCGGCCCCGGCACCGUCGGAGCUGCGAAUCGCGGUGGUCAACGGCAUCGCCAACGCGCGGCGGCUGCUGGACGCGCUCAGGGCUGGCGCGGCGCCGCCGCUCGACUUCGUUGAGGUAAUGACGUGCCCCGGCGGCUGCAUCGGCGGCGGCGGGCAGCCCAAGAGCCGAGACCCCGGCGUUUUGGCGAAGCGCAUGCAGGCCAUUUACAGCAUCGACGAGGCUGCCACAAUUCGCAGGAGCCACGCCAACCCCGAGGUUGCGGCGCUGUACGCGCGCUCAUCCUUGGAAAGCCCGAGCUCCCCGGCGGCGCACGCGCUGCUGCACACGAGCUACAGGGACCGGUCAAAGGAGCACAUUACGUGA